CUGUGACCACGUGGACCUCCCUGUACAAUACUCUGCAAACAGUGGGCGUGGCUGCUGCCCAUAAUAAGGAAUGGGCGUGACCACGCAAAGAACAUAGAGCGAGGGAUGGGCGUGGCUGUCGCGUACAGUGAAUACAGAGUGGGCGUGGUUACCAAUCCGAAGUUGGGUGUAGGAAGGUGGCUGCUGCUUACUUCCGGUGAGAGGAGCAAGAUGGCUGCGUGCAUACUGAGUACACACCAAGCAAAGGGUGAGCUGGACCAACCAAGUAAAUAGAGUGUGUGUGAAUAUAGUGUAUGAUGUGUAUUUUGUAUGUGUGUGUGUAUGGGGUAUGGUGUAUGUAUGUAUGGUGUGUGUAUGCUUUAAAUUCACAGGGCACACUGUCCUGCAGGUAAUAUCUGUCCUGCAGCUAUCCCUGUGAAUGCUGUGCUAGUGGAGGACAUGGAUUUAGUGUGUACUGUGAGCUGGAUUACUGUAUAUUACUGUAUAUUGCUGAAUAUUAUUACUGUAUAUUAAUACUGUAUAUUGCUAUACAGGAAUCUCAGGGCGAUAUUUACUAAGGUGGGAAUUGUCAGCACUUCGAAGGGAACCUCGACGUUAAAGCUAAAAUGGUAGAAUAGAAAUCAUAGCAGACUUUUCCAAUUUGGACUAAAAUUUGAAAUGUACUUUAACCUCCCAGCAGUCAGUACUUAAAGGGACACUGUAGGCACUGUAGGCACUGUAUCUGCUUCAUCUCAUUAAACUGGUUAUAGUGUCUGGAGUCAUCUGGUACCAUUAUUUCUUUCAGCAUUAAACAGUUUUUAAACUUUUAAUGUUUUAAUGCUAAACAAGAGUCCCCGGCAUCCAUCCCCUCUGUGAUGCUUUGGCUAAUAAGGAAGUAUUAGCCUGAGCAGCAAUAGGCAACUGUGAUUGGCUGAGAGUGUCAGCUGACUGCUUUUAGCCUGUCAGAGUUCCAACUGACGGUAUGAAUGGGUAUGACAACAAGGAAGAGUGUAAUCUCUGCCUUAGCUACACAUACUGAAGGGGCCGGACUGUGGGUGGCCAGGGACUCUUAUUUUGUGGCAUACUGCACAAACAUGGUUGCAACACUGAAUGUAGGGACAGUGCCAGGGUACUCCAGGCACUAUAACCAAUUCAAAGAGAUGAAAUGCUUAUAGUGACUACAGUGUCCCUUUAAUGAAUAAACUUGGUAGAUGUGGGUGAUAAUAAAUAGAUUGCUAAUUCCAAGAUCGAUGAGACUGUAGGAAAAAAAUCACAUAUCUGCAAAUUCUACCUGUGUAAGAGUGCAACUAUCUGGAGUCUGAUCUAAGAGGCUCCAUGAGAUUGUUUGCAUGAAGAGGGAGCUUGUCUGGCAGUUUUUUGAGGUCUAGAAUGAAUUUAAUUUUUUUUUUCACUUUUAUGAUAAAUCAGCAUUCCUGGUUAAAUGGUUGUGUUGUUGGUGGGGGAGUUUAGACUCGAAAUGGAAAUGGUCUAUUUUUUUUUCACUGCCUUGCUGUUUGCAGAACAAAAAUUGUUUAUAUUUUAUAUAUACACAGCAGAUGAAAUUUGUAUCUUGCUAUACCAUUUUUAUUGGACUAACAAGAAAUGCCUAGACUUGCAAAAAAUAUUUUUUUGAAAGCUUGUCAUUUCAACAUUCUGUUUGUCCAAUAAAAAAAAGGUACAAGAUACGAAUUUCAUUUGUUAUUUUAUAUGUGCAUCACAGGAUUAAUACAGCUACAAUCUCUACUAUAUAUAAUCCUUGCACUCAGGCUAUAUGAAUAUAUACUUGCCGGGUGCUCAGCCUGGGACUUUAAUAUCCAGAUAGUAGUAGAAAUGGCAGCAAUCACGGUCUCCAAUAAAAUUCUUAUUUAUUUGCAAGAUUUAAAACAUGGGAUCAACGUUUCAGUCCCUGUAUGGGACUUUCAUCGGGAUCAAUCAAAGAAUUUUAUUGGAGACCGUGAUUGCUGCCAUUUCUACUAAAAAAAAUAUAUAUAUAUAUAUAUAUAAUAUAAUAUAUACACACACACACACACACCUCAAAUAAAGCCGAGGUGUCAGAAAAUUUGGGUAGUGAUUCGACUUCGGUCGGCCAAGGGCCCCAAAGCCAUUGGUCACCCCAGAUGGCGGCAAAGCCUGUGUUAGCUGUAGCAUCUGUCCACAGUGUAGGUAAAGUGUCGGAGGGGGGUGGUAUAAACAUGGUUUGCCCGUUCCAAGAGGUGAGAAAGACCCGCCACAUGCGUAAAUCAGAAGUUGCGUGUACAUCUAAUGUGUUAUGUGAAAUGUCCGAAGAAAACAGUGGAAACAAGGAUAACAGGUGGGAUAUAAAAGAUCUACCUUGGGGUAUGAUCCUCAUGGCAAAAUUGAGCGAUCCAAGUAGUGAUUGGAGUUCUUUCCGAUUGCAAUGACCUUGUAGCAGGUAAUGUUCAAUACUUGCAAGGGUACGCUCAAUCUUGUCCUGAGGUAGACUGGCCUGCAUGUGUAUCGUGUCUAGUUGUAUGCCCAAAAAUUGCAUGUAGGUAUCUGGACCCAACGUUUUGUGAGGAGAGACAGCAAUGUUAAGAGAUUCAAACAGUGCCAAUAAGUGAUUCAAACUACUAGGUGAAAGAGUGUUAUUCUCAAUCAAGAGGAAAUCGUCCAGAUAAUGGAUAACCGAAGGGCACUUGCACAACAUAGAGCCUCUGCAAACAUGUCAAAAAUACGUGGACUGCUUUUGGAGCCGAAAGUUAGUCGGGUGAAAAAAUAAUACCUCCCUUGCCAUUUAAUACAGUGUAGAUGCCACAGGGAAGGGUGUAUGGGUAGUAGCUUGAAGGCAUUUACCACGUCUGUUUUACUCAGCCAUGCUCCCGUACCUGCUUGUAUAAUGGCCCCUAUGGCAUGGUCGAUAGUGGCGUAGUGCAGUGAAAAUUCUUCAGAAGGUAUUAGAGAGUUAAGGCUGGGGACAGUGGAGGAGUGUGGUGCUGAUAGAUCAAUUAUCAGUCUGGGUUUAAGUGAGGUCUUCCCUGUGACCACCCCUAUAGGGUUGGUUCUCCAGGACGUGAAGGGUGGGGAAAAGAAUGGUCCCAACAGAAACCCAUGUUCCAACUCAGUUGAGAUAAGUGUAUUUACCAACUGUGGAUCGUCUAAUGUGGACUGUAGGUUGUCGCAUUCCAGUGUACCGGAGGGUAAAUGGACCAAUCCGGUGUGAAAACCCACGGUCAUGCCCAAAAUAAUAUAUUCAGUGAAAUGACGUGAAGGAUGUGGCUGUAAAAGUGAUGUCAAUAAAGUGACGUUCACACACGUGUGAUACGGUUUUAGGAAUGCUUUAUUUGGGCACAUGGUUUUGGCAUGGGCUCUAAAACAGUGUGAACACACAUGCAUCAGUCUACAUGAACUAAAACCACAUUGCCCGCAUUGAAAUUAUUGCAUAUCUGAGAUUUACCCAGGAAUACAAUGUCUCUCCCCAGCUUGUCUUUUAAACCCUUGGUAGCUUUAGGAAAGUUGGGGGAAGAUUGGUUUUGUUCGAUCUCAGCUGUGUUUUGGGCAGAGAUUAGUGUGGUGUGCUGUAGAUGCGUAUACUGCACACGCUGGAGGCCUGAGGCCUGCAAAAUGCCUGCAGAAUAACUCAGUGUCCAAUUUGCUCCAAUUAAUGCUUAAAUUGAACUGAGCCAGAGCUGCAGCCACCUUUGCAGAAAAGGAACGGUGGUAAUCGUAAAAAGCGGUACCACCAUAUUUGUGCCCCAGGUCCACCAUCUUGUGCAUGUAUGCAUCCAGCUCUGCUCUUUUCCCUGGGUAUACUGAGCAGUACACAUCCCUAUAAAUCCCAAAACCCAGUACAAAUUCAGGUAUUGACAGUUUUUUGUUUAGUCUCAGGUCUCUAGACCUUAGUACGACAGAUAUAUCCCCAUGUGCAAAAGUCCCAUUCUCUAGGACAUCCUGGGAGGCUAUAAGCAAUGACACCAGGUUGACCUCCUUGCCUUCCAGAAUGUCCUUUUUGUGGACCCAGGACAUACCGUAUAUACUCGAAUAUAAGCCGAGGCACCUAAUUUUACCACACAAAAACAGGGAAAACUUAUUGACUUGAGUAUAAGCCUAGGGUGGAAAAUGCAGCAGCUACUGGUAAAUUUCAAAAUAUAAAUAGAUACCAAUAAAGUUACAUUAAUUGAGGCAUCAGUGUUUUUGAAUAUUUAUUUACAGUGUGUGUAUAUAAUGAAUGCAGUGUGUGUGUGUGUGUGUUUGUAUAGUGUUUGUGUGAAUGCAGUGUGUGUGUCUGUUUGUGUAGUGUGUGUAAACUCGGUGGGGGGAGGGCAUUUUUAUUAUUUAAAUAUUUUUAUGUAUUAUUUAAAUAUUUAAUUUGUUAACUUUUUUUUUUUAGCCCCCGCCUCCCUGCUUCAUACUUGGCCAGGGAGGGGGAUAUGUCAAUCCCUGGUGGUCCGGUGGCAUGGGCUGUGCAGUGGGGGCCCGCAGAAGCUCUUACUUACCUUCCCAGCAGCUCCCUGUGUAAAUCUCACUGCCAGUGUGCUGCGCAGAGUGUUGCCAUGGUAACCCGUGGCAACGCUCUGACGGUCGCAAGAUUUAGACAGGGGACCUGAAGGGAGCUGCUGGAAAGUUAAGUAAGAGCUUCUGUAAGCAACUAUAACCAUGUCAUCUCCUAAAAACUGGUUAUAGUGUCUGGAAUCCCAAAACAUUGUCCCUCCAUUCAGUGCCCACUCCAUCAUUAAGCAGUUUAAGACUGAAUGAGAGUUCCUUGGCUCCCCACAGCCCUGCCUCGACUGGACGUAUGGCCAAAGCUCAGAUUACGCACUUCUUUCUAGCCAUAGCUGUUCAUACCUGAAUGGGUAGUGUGCUAGGUUGAAAACGAUCAGCUGAGACUCUCAGCCAAUCACAGUCGUCCAUUGCUGUUUAGGCUGUAGCUUACUCAUUAGCCCAAGCAGCACAGAGGGGAUGAGCUACUUUUUUUAGCAACAAAAUCUAAAAAAACAGUUUAGCACUGAAUGGGAGUAUGGCGCCAGGCACUCCAGACACUGUAGCCUCUUCAAUGAAAUGAAGCAGUUACGGUGCCUGCAGUGACUGUUUGAGGAUGUUUCAUAUUUAAUCAUUAAUUGAAGGGGGUAUAGUAGGUUAAGUUGAUAUUUGUGAUUUUUGUAGAAAUCUGCUUAAAGAAAAACCCAGUUUACAAAUUGUAACAGAAGAGUUGUUUUGUCCAUAAUUAUAUUUUUAGUUUCUGUACAGGAACUGUUUUCUUCCCGAAUGCAGCUUCCCUGGAUUAUAAUAUUUUCCUUAUUUUGUGUUUGUAGGAUUAGUAAAUAACUCUGCAAUGGAUGUCCGAAGUGUCCUCUACGAGACUUCAGCCGAACUCUCAAAAAUUAAUGAUGGCGAUAAACUGGUCCAGGUGUUUAUGAAUAUAAAAAAAUACAUGGACGUAGACGAGGAUUCUGCUCCACUCAAAGAAAAGGCAGAGUUCAAAAGGGUACAUUACACCCCUUUCCUUAGGCUUUUAGUGAGCAACAUGGGACCACGGUGGGUGGAUCUACUGACACCUGAGAGGCUCGAAUUGUGGGACAGUUUCUUCCUAGAAGGACCUCCUGAUCAGGCAUUCCUGGUCCUCCUUGACAGUGUGGAGAGAACAAAGUAAGUUCUGUUUUGGAACAAGACAUUUACAAGAGCAAUUUACAUGUGUUUUGUUUGUUUUCGAGGAAGGAUACAUGAUGUGUUAGGAAUGAUAUAGUGUAUUAAUCGGGCAAGCUCUGUAUAUGCGUGGAGCCUGAUGUAAUAAAGAAGAAUGUUGGUAAGGGAGUAUGAAUGAGACUAUAGAAAGAGCUUUCAGGAUUAUUCACUAAAUUUAAUGUUAAAAUAGCAGAACUAGAACAAUUCUCUGGCUUCUAUUUUGUACUUGUAAUAAUUUCAGUUUCUUCUUCUUUCUGUGUCUUUUUCCAGUUGACCGAUAUAUACGUCUUUUGUAUAUAUAGUCUUGGGUCAAUACGCCUAUAUUAAUGAAAUGUACUAAUACGCGAUCUGACUUACGGUUUAUUCUUAGUUACUGAUACAUAAUAAAACAACAAAGGAUGUUACAUGAUCAUGGAUGUUCAACAGCAGAUGGUAAUUGCUGGACCCCUAAAGGGAGAGUUACAUCGUUACAUAGCUGUACAAGAGCCGAGAGAGAGACCUCGUGUCCCUUUGUUCAGUUACUAUAUAGAUGUGCCCAUACUGAUGUCAGAGUAUAACUCUAGCCAUAUAAGGACAAGACCCCCAAUCCACAUUCCAGAGUUCUCAUACAAGAAAACCUUGUGACUUAUGAUAAUCCAUACAUCCAUAAAUAAUCAAUAGAAACAUAGAAUAUGCAAUAUUCUACAGUCCUUAAAUCUGAAAUUCAAUUAGAUCUCUCAGUUAAGUGAAACCCUGCUUGAUUUCAGUUCUGUCUAGAACAUUGGCUAAGCCAUGGUUCCAGAGCUGUCUGAUACAUGGUCUGCAUACAGUUCUGAUGAUCCCUCCAACCAGACCAGCUCUGUCACCCAAUGCUGGGAGGACUGUUGUAAAGUGCAGUGUGAGCACAUGGUAAAGACGCUUACGCUGUAUUUAUUACGAUAUCAGGGCUUUUUAGCCAAUAAGAGAGCACUUCAGGACACAACAUAUAGGCAGCCAUGACUGACUGCCUUGGCAGCAAGUCUGUGGUCCGGGAGCAAAUGCUCCCCGAGUUGAGACAGCCCCAUUAUGGAUGGGCGUGUUGUCCAUGACACUAAUUGUAUUGUGAUCAAGUGCCCUGACCAUCCUCCUACCUCUUUUUGAGCAGGGAGUUGCUGUAACUGACCAUUUCUUGAUAUUGAUGAGAAUCCAAGGUGUCUUGUGGUUGCAUUAUGUGUAUUCUGUGUGGAAUAUAUGUGUGUAAAAUAUGUGUGUGUGUAUGUAUGUAUAUGUAUGUGUGUGUGUGUGUGUGUGUGUGUGUGUAUAUAUAUAUAUAUAUAUAUAAUAGCUGAAGAAUAAUCCAAGAUGCACUCUCAGGACUUGUGCAAAAAAUCCGUUUUAUUUUAAAUCAUGUGCAAAAGAAAAACCAACGUUUCGACCUCUGCAGAUCUUUUUCAAGGUUAAUAAAAGACCUGCAGAGGUCGAAACGUUGGUUUUUCUUUUGCACAUGAUUUUAAAUAAAACUGAUUUUUUUUUUGCACAAGUCCUGAGAGUGCAUCUUGGAUUAUUCUUCAGCUAUAUAUGGAACGCACACCAUUUGCACCCAGGCGGAUAUAAGGGAUUUCAAGUAAGGAGAGUGCCAAGCUACUUAUCUUUUAUUUAUUUAUAUAUAUCUAUAUAUAUCUAUAUCUCUCAAACUUUCUGCUAGCCAUUGGAGAGUGGAAAUAUAGGCCUGGCGAGUGUGCAGUGGAACCCGCGGGGGUGUAGUUGCGAAUAACUUGUUUUCCUUCCUACUCCAGACCUAGCAUCUGCCUGGACAGAUGUGUGCAUGUUCUAGAGCGAUUCCUGCAGCGGGGGGCACUGGCUGACCUCAUAUGGGAAAUUUGUCAACAGCAGCUGGAACCUACCCCCACACCAGUUUUGCAUGAUGUUAUUCUCGGAAGAAUCUGCAGCUUGCCGGACCAUCUAGCCAAUUCCCUCCAAAAACGAAACAAACCCCUCUUCUACCCAAAGAACUACUACCCCCGUGUGGCGGGCGCCAUCCUGCGUGUGCUUCGUAUGAUCUCAGAUUCAUUGAGAGGUAUGCACUUCCUCGUGAAAUUGCCAAAUGUUUUUCUGUUGUUAAAGGGUAUUAAAUGGCUGAAGGGUGAAUAUAAGGACAGGUAGAAAUCCCUAAGCUGCCCCUGGAACACAAACAUCAAUUUGUUAUUCAGGAUCCAUAGAAAUAAUGAGCUUAAAAUGUGGAUUUUGCUUUUGAAUCUCCAUUUUAAAAUGUAUGUUAAUAUGCAUUUCUACAGACUGGUAAUGAUAUAGUUAUUAAUUGUUAUGUUCACAAAGGGCUGAGGUGAACACGUUAUAACAUCUUAAAUGUUGGCAGUUAAUAGUAUUUAUCUUAUUAGUAGUUAAUAGUAUUUUCUUUUAAAAGUAAGAGUCAGUGUUUCCCAUCUCACAAUCACAUAUUAUAUUUUCCUCUACAGAAGGGAAAGGAUGUUCAAUCUCCUUUGUAUCUCAAGUCAUGGGAAAAGUCUGCAUGCAGGGCCAUCAGAGUAAGUAUGAUCUAUGUUGUAGAUGCCAAAUUUACAAGGUUCUGAUUGGCAGGUCCAGUGGGUGGAUCUAUUACUCUUGUGGUUGUUGAAGUACAGACACAAUAAAAUUAACCUCGAGUAGGUUGUUUUUUUCCUUCCAGAAAACACACAUGAAAACAAAACAGUUAUUAUCGUUUACUCCCAUACAUUAAAUGGAUGUGUAGGUUUUUGAUUUUUUUAAUUAUAAGGACUGAGAUAACCUGAAGUAACCUAUUUUAGAACUGAGUCUCUUGAUGUCUAGUGUUACAUUUGUUAAAGAGAAAUCUUUACACUGUUUGCUUUUAUCUCCAGUUGAGCUGCUUUCCGUUUUGGUGCCUCACCUGCUCACCCUACUAAAAUCAGAUUGCAUCUAUCAGAGACUCUCUUGGCGAUUGGUGGAGUCAGUGCCUGAGAGAUGGAUGGAUGCCCUAAUCACUGGUAUUCUUCAAGUGGCACGGGGGUAAGCGACGUCCAUCUGCCUUUUUACAUUUUUUUGCACAACACCUACACAGACUACUAGAGCUCAUGUACCCUUGUUUCUCUGUUUUGCCUUUAAAACAGUCAAACAAGAAAAUUUUCACUGAAUACCGUACAAAAAUGUCUUUUGCAGACCGGCCGAUGUAUCUAAGUUGUUGGGUGAUUUGGUUUUGAAGAACAAGAAGGUGGAAUACUUGUUUACCCAGAAGAUGCUAUUUUUGCAGUACUGUGUCCAGGUAAGAAUGAAAAUUGGAGAUCCUCCAAAGUUUUAAUAUUCAUUAUGUGGAUUACUUUUUCAGAUAACUAUUAUGUUUGGUUUCUUGAACAUUGUAUAUCUGUUUUUGUUGCAGAAAGAGAAGCUACAAAGCAUUCUGGGAUACCUGUCCUUGGAAAAGAGUCGCCGACCUUUAAUGGUUAAGGUGGGUUUUGGUAUUUUGAUGGGAAUUGGUUUAAAAACAUCCAAAGAAUCUGCAAACGUUCUUGUGAGGGAUUUCAAGUAAUAUGUUUUGUUAGAAACUACAACAUAUUUCUCCACACCUGAGUGGUGAAUCCCAGAAUGAGGGUAAGCACUGAGCAAGUCGUGUCUCUUUGGCAGGUGCUACGGGAGCUUCUGGAAGUGUGGUCAUCUGCUAGUGUGGUCAAGCACUCCCCUCACGCUCAGUUGCUGCAUUUGAGCCGUUCAAUCCUCAUUUGUUUGAGUCUUAUGAAUGAUGAUGAGAUACAAUCCUGCAAAGAAGGUGAGUGAGAGCAAGGAGUUUAGGCUUCGGACAAUUUGUUGUCUUUUACUAGCUUGUUAUCUUUGAUCACGUUACUUCUGCUAACACUGAUUUCUUGCUGGUUAUUCUGUUCCUCAGAGAUAACAUUUGCACUGGUUAAUGGUACGCAUGUCUACCUGGAUAAUUCAGUUCUGAACACCAGACGGUUGGGGAUGCUAGUCUCGGAAGCUUUGAGCAAAUAUCUUAACCCUGAGCCACUACAUUUUGAGGUACGCUUUCGUUAUCCUCAUUGUAUGGAUACUUUUCUUCUUAAAGCUUUUUUUUUUUUUUUUUUCUGACUGUCAAAAUUGACAACCAUGCUAUAUACUUGACGUACUCCAUCAUAGAGAGCAACGUUAAUGUAUGCACGCUACCAUGUGUAUUCUAGCCUGUGAGAUAGCUCAGUGGAUAAGUCUCCAGCUGCAGUAUGUUCCAGGUUUAAUUCCUGUCAUGCAAACUAAGCCAUGUCAUUUACUUCACGGUUCUCGUACGGUGCUUUACAAAUUAGGUAAAAAAUACACAAAUGGUUCUGUAAUUAGAUACACUGAUAGAAAUGGGUAGAGAGGCCCCUUCUUGUCUGCUUCAGCCCAAUGCCUGCUGCUUUUCAACAAAGUACUUUGAAAGAAAGCCCCCUGAGCUUACAAUGUCAUAUGUUUUUACUAUAGCCCAACUGAAGGUAAAAGGAUUUCUCUUUCAGUAUGAAGAGGACGAGGAGAUAAAAGAACUAAAGUCACUUUUGUCUCCACCAUGUAUUUGUCCUUCAAAUGUAGAAGAGUCAGUGAAGAUCCCCGGAGAAAGGUAUGUAGGUGUAUUGUGCACUGCAGUGUUGGGCUGAGUUGCUGGUCAGUAAAGUGGGACCAAUAUGUUAUUCAUACCGGGACUCCUACUGUACUAAUCGGGUUUAUCUAUUCUAGACAACGGCAUCCUUUGAAAAAAAGAUAUUUACCUGGAGAAGGUUCAAUGGGUGGGGGUGGGGUGGUAGACUUUGCCUUACAGCGAAUCAUGGAAAGUUUGUCUUGUCAAAGGCUAGAAAGCCGCAGCUUGCUCAUCCUGGGUUGAAUUUUAGGGAAGGGGAGAAACCACUUUAUUUACAGCCUAUGUUCCUCUCACAGUUCCCCUUCCAAUGUGUCACCUCCCAGAAAUGAUGAUGUAAAGCCUGAGGAGGGCUCUAGGUCUGCCAGCAGAUCUGAUUCUGAACUGGACAGGUGAGUGGUGCAUGGUCAUCCCAUUUCCUAUUAAGUUUCACUAGACUGUGUUUUUGCAGGUCUGGAGUAAAUGGUGAGCAUUCCCAGCAGGGGGAGCUCCGGCAGAAUACAAGAUUUUACUAAGAGACUGAAGUGUUUUUAAGAACUGUGUGUGACCUGUAAACGUAGUGGUAAUGGCAGCAAAGGAAGAUUAAAUGUCCACAUCCAUCAUGGGAUGUACUCCACAGCGGCUACGAUGCCAAAAUCUAGCCAGACUGAGCUGAGCUUGCCUGGUCGAAGAGGAACCUUUACAGAUUGUUAAUCAUGUAUUUACACUGUACAGAAAGCUCAGUGUGUGUUUGUUUGUCUCCUAUCCCCUUGCUGUCCCUUUUAAAACCUUGUGUCAUUUAAUUUCUAACAGUGAUGAUGACCUUGUACCAUAUGACAUGAGUGAAGACACAGAGUUAAAGAAGAGUAGUGCUCCAGCCUACAUCCGAGAUUGCAUGGAAGGUGGGAUGGGGGCUAAUUGUGUCCGAGUACCACAACUUUAAAUUGUGGAGCCUGCAACUUAAAAUGAUGGGGUUGCACGUAUUGUCUGGCUAUUCCUCUACACAAUUAAAAAGUGGGGGGAGGGGGGCAAUGUAAAUAGAUACGCUCAAAGUUCCUGCAGUUGUAGAAAGCACCUUCCCAGAUCAGGGAAAUAUUCAACCAAUCUAGAGCCUCUCAUUCCUGUGUGCAGAAUUCUCAGUCCUGUUCACAGCGCUUUACAUGAGGCUGAGCACAGCAUUCAUAUGACAUAUUUAACCCAAAAUAGAUGAGGUGGAGAAUUUUACUAGCUCACCUGUUUUGGCCUAAAAUUAGCAAUUACUGUAAAUCUUCACAAUUCACACAGUUUAAUUCCUUUUGCUGAUUGCGCUGCUUAUUCCUCCUCCUCCCCCCCACCCUUUUUUCCUUUUUAUUAAAGUAGUGCUAAACUUAUACCUUUCUUCUGACUUAUUGAGGUCUUUUUUUCUUUUUCUCUCAGUGCUGCUAUCGGAUGACCUUGAAAAGGUGGAGGUGACCAUGAGAGCGCUGGCUCCCUUGAUUCGUGCAAACACAGCCGCCACCAAAGAGGUAUAAAUCGGGUACUGCUGAGAUUAAUGGGGUGUCCAAUUUUAUAUUACCAGGAUCCUUCUACAGUUGGCCCCACGGAUAUUCACAUGUUACUGAUUUUUUUUUUUUUUCUACCACGCUACAGGUCAGUGUUGAACUGGUGAAGAUGCUCCUGCAUAUUGACCAACCUGGCAUUGAACAUUUUGAAGAACUGCGGCACGAAGCUCUAGUGGCUGCAACCGUUGUGGAUCCUAUAUUGGUAAGUGUGGCUUGAACAGAGGGUUCAUGACGGCUUAUGUCUGUGGUCAAAGCUAUAGAUUGUUGUUGUUUUUUCUCCUGUUUAAAAUAGUGAUUUAACUGGGAUCUCGUAAGACCAAUUGUACUCUUCUCACAAUGUAACUGGUUUUCAUACUAAGAUUUUUGUGUUUUCACAGGCGUCAAAGUAUCUUACUGGUGAAUUCUACUCCUUAAACUACAGCCUGCGGCAGCGGAUGGAUAUUUUAGAUGUAGGUACAUUGUUUUCACUGAGGAUCCAUCCAUAAAGACCCUGGCAGAGGGGAAUGCUGUUGGGUGUCAAGCUUGCUUUAACGUGUUUUUGCCUUUGCCCAAUUAUCUUCUAUUUACACACUGGAACCUCUGUUUUCAGGUUUUGGCAUCUGCAGCCAAAGACCUUUCAAAACUGGUGGCUCCGGCAAAAUCUGUGAAACCCAAGCCUCAGCCUGCUAACAAGUCAGGCACCCCAAACACUGCUGCUACUGCUGACUGGAAGAAGAUAGUGGAGGAGAGGAUCGCAAUGAAAACUAGGAGGUUUGGCAAGGUAUUCAUUGGGCAGAAAAGAAACUAUAUCCCAAACAGCUGAGAAUUGGAAUCUCCACUGUAGUCUGGAUCAGAGGCUGCAACAGAAUGGGUGGCAGCAUCAGUCACAAGAAUAGCUUUUCUAUAUUUUUUUUUUCUCUCCCAUUUUCAACCUAAAUUAUUCUCUUAUUACAAUUCACACGCCUUCAGCUGCUUGAUAUAAUUCAUGUAGUAGCUGGCUUUGAAUUAAGAAGGUUACAAAAUUUUCCCCAAUGUGUAUCUUCAAUCAAUGUGCUUUCAAAACAGCUGUGGCAGAGAAUCAUGGGUGAUGUAGUGCAGCGUCCCCUGGUUGCCAUUCUUGCCUAGCCCUAGUCCUUCUACAGCCAGUAUUUGAGCAGUUGUACUGAUCGCUAGAUAACACUGGAAGGUAGCCAUACACUUGCACCUUACUGUUUGAUGCCAGUAAUGCAAACUUUUCCUGUCCUACAUCAUGUAAAGCAGAUGUGCGUGUGUGUUUUAUAAGCUAUAAAAUGGAUGGCUUGCCCUUCUUUUUUUUAUUUAUUUAUUUUCUCUCAACAAUUAUUGUUUCUUUCUCCUGAAGUUCUGCUUUCUUUUAUAUAUUUUUUUUCUCUUUUCCUUAGGGACAAUCGGCUCCUGAACCGGUCUCAGUCCCAAACAGUUUUCAUGUAGUAGCCGGACACUUCUUUUUUCCACUUAUUCAAAACUUUGACAGGUAAGCGUGCGCUACAUGGGUUUGUACUGGGAAUAAUAAACAGAUCUUUGUUCAGUUCUGUAUGGCUGUCACCCAUGGAAACACAGACAUGAAAAGGGGGUCUUACAAUUUUAAGAUCUCUUGGCUUUUAAAAUGCCCUCAGCAAAUUAGUCCAUGAUGCGCCAAAGUUCUAAAUUGAUAAUUAGCAAAAAUUGUUAUCUUGCAGCCAGAUUAAGGACUGAAAAUUGACAUCAAAUCUUUCCUGAACUCAUCUAUGUAUGUGUCAUUCUAUUCUCUGCAGAAUUAUCCUGAUUUCAGUUAUUGUAAUGAGAACUAACCAUGCGUUUUUACAUUGUGUUUAAAACCCACAAUGGUGACUUUACAUCCACCUUCUGCAGAGAUAGAGAUGCCAAUGAAUCAUUCUAUGCACUGAGUUGACAGCCGACUGGGCUUUCUUGUGAUGCUGCCAGGGGAGGGGAAUGGUUACACAUCUGGCUGUAUCAUUAAAAAUCUUUGUGUGUGCAGGGUUUCAUAGGAAAACCCUGUGCGUACAGACUCCAUGCACCAUGACCACUUCACUUCAGUGUUUUGGUCAUGGUUCUUAUUCCAAAACGCAUCCAUACUUUAUGACAGUAUGAUAAAGCAUGGACUUUUUUUUGUUUUGCAUUUUUUCCUUCUCAUGGUUUAUUUUGCAUGCAUAAUGACCAGCAAUAUUUUUUCUUUUUUUUCGAAGACCUGUCGUGACAUUUGAUCUUUUGGGCGAGGAUCGUCUGGUACUUGGGAAGUUGGUGCACACACUUGCCUGCCUGAUGCACCUUUCUACAAAUGCCACGGUAAUGAAUGGCUGUGGAAGGGUAACUGGCACUGCAGUAUUAUCGGGUUGGAAAAACGGUUUUACUUCUAUCUGAACAUUUACAGUGUUCAUUGUGGUAUAUAUGCCCUUGAGUUUUAAGCCAAUGAUCUAUUUUGCUAAAUUUGACUUUAUACAUUCCUGACUCUGAUGGGACAUUUUGCAUUUACUGAUGUUAUCACCAAAGAUGCAUCUUGCAGGAGGGCUAGAAUGUCUUGAGUUUUCUGGAUGCUGUAUAGAACUAUUUUACUAAGUGGUUCUAAAUACAUUUCAUAGUCAGGUGCACAAACGCCAGUCAUCUCUUUGGUAACCCAUACUUUUAAGUAGGCCUUCUGCAUUUGGUUCUGUGAUGACCAUCACAAUAUCUCUGCUGGCUGGAGAUAUUCUAUUUAACAGACAUCAUAAAUAUAAUGGCUUUGCCCCCAUGUUAAGAUGACUUGAAUUGCAAUCCUCGUGGCCUUGUGUGUUUCCGUGUUGGAACUGGUCUAUAUUCUGCAAAAGGUUCGUGUUAAUUUAAUGUGUUUUUUCUCGGUUCUUUAAAGGUUGCUUCACAAAUGGGGAAGGCCCUUCUGGAGUUUGUUUGGGUUCUUCGCUUCCAUUUGGACCCGUAAGUAUAUAAUCACCAGAAAAUGAUGGUUGGUUGGGGUCAGACUUGGAUUACCAGAAAGCUGACACGACUUGUUUAUUGAUGGAUUUCCUUUCAGGUAUGUGAGACAGGGACUCCUCUUCUGUGUCUCCACCAUUCUACUCAGUGUCCCCUGGGAGCGAUUGAUGACUGACAUGGGCGAAGAGGUCAUUGAGACACAACGUUGGCUGGCAGGUAAAUAUAUGCAAUAAAUUGUCUUUCUUUCAAUAAACUCUCCUGAUCCCCUUCCAGUCCUCCCUGCUAUUUUAUUAAUCAACAUCUUCUCCAUGAAUUGUCUUGCCCUAAAUUCCUCCUUAUCACUCAAAAUAAAUUGUUGGUGUACACCUACUUUCUAUCUGCCUUAGUGUGAUGGGUGUAAUUGAGGUUAAUGUAAGUUAUGUUCAUUUAUUCUGAGAUCUGACAGUUAUCAUGCAUUCCAGUGACAUUGGCAAAUUGUUUGGAAAUGUCACAGAAAACUGGAGAUUUCACACAAGGAAAAUGUUGAUUGCGGUAAUUCUCAGCAAGUUUAACUCCUAAAACUGAAUGCAGGAAUGAGCAUCUUGGUCAUUAUUAAGCAAUUUCCAGGACAACUGCAAAGCUGAUAAUCUUGGCUCUGCAACUCUCACUAGGGGGCCUAAGGUCUCCAAUAAACACAUGCCCUCUCCUGGCAAGGAAAACUCUAAAUAACAGCUUUCUGUAGUGAUUAUAGUGCCAGGACUGCCAUGGCAUCCCCCAUUGUAUGUAGUCAAAUAAAACCAGUUUAACUCAUUACAUGGGCUCCCAAGGCAUUGGCCACUGUCUAUCCCACUGUCUACACUACAGCCAACAAAGAUGGAGGUUACUGAUUAGGAACUCCUGAGCUCAGACCUGCAAUGCUAGUACAGUGGUGGCGGGAAGCCUGGCUGGGUGAUCCCCAGGUAAGCCAUAAAACCAUUCUAAAAUAUAGACGACAUUGGGGGCAGGCUCCAGGGCAUUCCUGGCACCAUAGUCACUACAGUGCACCUGGGGUGAGUGUUUCUUUAAAUUUCCAGUAAAGUAUUGAAUAUGGAAUAUACACCUACCGUUUUGGGGUUCUUUGUUUUUGCAAUGCAUUACAUUUCUCCUGCUCUUGUUUUUAGAUGUAACUGAGCGAGACGUGGAUGAUGACUGCCGACGCAUAGCUUUGAACGGCCUUGUACUGAUGGAGAAAUUAAAGAAAAAUCUUCACGGCGGAAAUAAGAAAUAAACCUGAAAAUUCUCUUUUAAAGUACAACUCUCAUCACAAAUUUAUCUUAUCUUUUUUUUAACAGGUUUUUUUUUACUUUUUUUUUUGAAAAUUAAUGUUUUUAUUUUUUAGUUUUAAUGGUGUACAUUGAUUUCUUUUUUAUUUAUUUUUAUCUUCUUCGAGAAAAUGUCACUUUAUCUGAUUGAGCAGCCAUGUUGGGUCAGAUUCUACUAGAUCUGUGUAAAAAUCUAUUAGUCUGAAUAAAAUGCCUGUUGCAUUACCAGAACCAAUCCAUUCGUAAUUUUAUUCAGACGAACCGCUUGAGAGGAAUUUUUUCCCUGCGUCUGGAUUUUACUGAAAUCUGACCAACUACUUCUCGACCCAAGCUGCCGCUGUAAUUGCUCUGUGUGAAACUGCCGCAGGCGGCAAGUUUGGUUGAGUAGCAGUUUGCCAGAUAACCGAAUCUGAUCAAACAUGUCUGCUCAGGCAGAUAAAGUGAAAUCUUCUCAAAAAUCAAUCAUCGUUAAAAAAAAAAAAAAAAGAAGAAAAAAGUUACGUUUCAUGACGUGUGACGAACCGUUAAAGAAAGAAAGAAAAAAGAGAGAGAAGUGAAAAUUUGUUGACAUUUGUCCCUUAUAGGAACACUCCGCACACACAAGGCACUUCAGCUUGCGUUUUGUGUCUGGAGGCUGUCAUAUUUGUUACCGUUUAUGAACGUGCAAAUUUCGAUAGAAAUCGGUACUUACUUAAGGGCAGAAACCCCUCCCUGGCUGUCCGUCAGAACCAGGCAUGUUUUUCUCCUCUUCAGUAAGCUCCGUACAGCAAAUAGAAGCAGCAGGCACCCUAAACUACAAAGCGUCUGCCUCUCCACUUCUCAGAAAUUUAGGGCUGCAGCUUUUACAAGCUAUUUUUUAUAUGCAGCUAAAUAAUAAUUGCAGUAAAAAAAAAAUCAUACCUGUUUUUCUUGGAGGUAUAUCUGCUAAAUUGUUAAAAAAUAAAAUAAUAAAUAUAUAUAUAUAUAUAUAUAUAUAUAUUGUUCAGUGGAGUGUUCUUGUAAGCCUAGCAUCCUUUUUAGAUAGCCUCCUACUUCCCGCACCAUUGACAAUUAUGUCCUGUUCAAAGUGUUCUAUUUAAUAAUAAUAAUAGUUAAAAUGAUAUCUCAUUCGGAUUAUUUAAAAUGGAAUGUGUCUCCCUAACUAUCUAGUAAGAGUAGGAGGGGAAACACAAACAUGAAGUCGUUGCUGACCAGAUUCUGUCAACUAUUUGUGUUGCAAAAACACCAGAAGUACUAAAGAAGAAAAUUAAAUAAAUUCCAUCUGUCUCUUCCCAUAACGCUAAUGGGAAUAUUCACUAAAGUGUCAACUGUUGAGAAUUCAAAGUGAUUUUCACACUUGAAGCCCAAACUGGGAUCUAGAGUCGGCUAUACAUGCGUUUUGGCUAAUUUGACUUCAGUCUGAAAAGUAAAUAAUCACUGAACCCAUAUAUUUAUUGGUAGUGUUGACCGGACAAGAUAAAGAUUACCAUACACUCUUAUCAGACAAGAAAUAUAACCGUUCAUUGUGAAACACUUGAUUAAUGAGGAUAAAUAUUUUGUUACUUCACUUGAGACAGGGCACCAUACCAUCUACUGGCGGAUGGUUUAGCAGAUUAAAUUGGCGGAGUUCAGAUAAGAUGGCUCCUAUAUGGGAUUCUUGGGAUUAGUUUCUCGCUUCAGAUCAGUUCGGGGUAUCCGCUGUAACAAUUGACUUCACAUUGCUGUAUGUACAGGGUGCUACCUGUAUCUUACCGAUUUUAGCAAUCAAUUGCUAUAUGUAAGUGGACUAUUCAAGAUGCCUGGCCUUCCCCAUCGGUUUUUAGGUUCCCCACACUCCUCCUCCUCUUCCCCACCUUUUAAAAAAAAAAAAAAAAUAUUUUUCUAUUUUAUUUUUCUUUUGUAAAGGAGAGAUGCUUGCUUAUCCUGUGUUGGAACUGCUGUAGUGUUUUGUGUACACUUUAUUUUGUUGUUUUUUUUUGUUUUUUUUUUAAUUGUCAAGUUUUUCUUAUCUUGAUAUGUG